AUGUCUGGCCCCCCCAUGCCCUACCCCUUGCCCAUCGCUUGCCCCCCCAAAACCAAUUACCUAGAUCCGCCCCUGCAAUAUUGUAAAAUCGCAAACGGAGAUUGUGGAAAGAAUCUAAGAUGCGAGGAAGUAACAAUUGGUAGGAUUACAUUUUCCGAUUGCGUCUGCGACCCUGGCAAGUACAGGACCACACUCUGGACCUGCGAAGCUCUAAAAAUUAGAAGAAAUUUAUCUUUUAGGAAAAAAGUUUCUUCAGUUGGUUUGUUUGUUUAUGAUCCUGUCGUAUAUAGCAGGCCCUCUUUAGUGGAUGGGGUGUUAUUGGGAGCCCUCAUGCUACAUAUAAAAAAGAAUGACCCGCAGUGGAUGGCCAUAGACUUGGAAGAUGAAUAUGAAAUAGAAUACGUGGAUAUCUACAACAGGCAGUGCGCUAAUGGAUGUUAUACACGUGUUAAAUCACUGAAAGUUGGCGUGAACAAGACAUUGGAGCAAGCAACAGAGCAGAAGUUGGGCAAAUACGAUUUAUGCGGUUUUCUGCCAGAGCUCAGUAAUUACCGCGCAGGAAAACCUCUGAGAAUUACUUGUACACCUAAGCCGGUACUCGGUCGCUUUGUCAUCAUUCAACCUAGUAAUGAAAUGCCUCUGGGGUUGAAUGAAGUGGAAGUCUAUGAAAAAUUCAAACGUCAACCGGUCAAGUACGUUGGCUGUUUUGAGGUCUUCAAUUCGGCAGCCCCGGCUUCGAAUUCAAAAGAAGAAUGUCAAGACGACUGUGAGAAACACGACCCUGAUAAUGUGGUCUUUGCUAUAAAAAAUGGGAAGUGUUAUUGUGGAGGGAAUGCUGAUCUGUUUGUGGCAACAAACGAAGCUGACGGCUGUGAAGACAAUUUCGCUGUUUAUUCGGACAAAAAAAAUACUGUCAGUACAAUAAUGGGCUGCUUUGAAGAUGCAAAAUUGGAAGAAAAAACUGAUUCCAACAUUACCGUGCAAAAAGACCUAGCUUAUAAGUCCUGCUUUUUGUAUUGUAAGGGACAAUAUUCUAAAGAGUUUGCCAUCAAGGUGGACAAGUGCAUAUGUGGGGAUUUGUUCGUUGCAAGUGAACAGGUUGCUAUCGGUGAAUGUAGUGUGACUUGUAAGGACCAGAAUGAUAAAUCAUGCGGAGCUGCAAACCGCUAUUCUGUGUACAACCUUUUCGGCACUUAUGAUUUCCUUGAGAGACCUCAAAAUAAUUUCUGCAUGAACCUCCCAGGAUCAGCUGGAUGCCAGCCAGGACAGUGUAGUCCAGGUUGUCAAAAAAAUAAUGGUGGCUGUGGAAAUAAGGCUCAAUGCGUAGAAACUAUCGUUGAAAAUGGAAGAAUUAUAUCAGAAUGCAAAGUUCCCGAUGGUUUUAAAGUGAAGAAAAGAACAGACGUGAUGUAUCUUGGGUGUUACUGGAGUGUUGUCAUUGAGAAGAGCACGCCUGUUAAAUCGUAUGUGCAGUGCAAGAAAUUCUGUUUGGCCGUGAGGAACAUUUUCAUGAUUGGCUUGCAGAGAGGUGAGGCAUGCCACUGCCUCAGUGGUGCAAAAUAUCCAGUCAGUUCAUCUCAUUGUGAUAUGAAGUGCUCCAAUGGUUAUGAUUCGUGUGGCGGUCUCGAAGUCUUCUCUGUUUAUCAAAUUAAAGAAAGAUCGGAUUUCAACAAAUCUCUAGUAGGUAUAGACGAGUCCGAUCUUACCAUGGACAACAGCAUACCUUUAUCUGAUCCUGCGAUGACGAUCCAAAAAUGCAUGUUAACUUGCUUAGAAAAAAAAAGUUACUAUGCUAAGAUGAAGAACGAAUCCGGUAAUGAACCGCUGUGCUAUUGUUCGAAAACAUCUGACACUAUUAAAUGCUUGUCAAGUUAUGAAAGUUUGUCCAAAUGCUCAGUUGAUGCAAACUGCCUGACAGCAAGAACAGAUUGCUUCACCAAUACUGCCACUUGCAAUCCCUUGAACUGUGAAAUGACAAUGGUUCUGGGGAAGGAAUAUUCCGAAUGUGUUUGUCCGAAAUAUCAUUACAAAGAACAUUUUUCUAAUUGCUACCCUUUGCCAAAAACAGUGAACUUAGCAUUCGGUAGGAAGAUAAUAGAACCUGCUGUCAAUGCGAGUGUUUUUUCAAAUUCUUCUUUAAAUGAAUUAGAACUGAAACAAUCCAGCUGGGAUUAUGCAGUAGAUGGAAAUAUAGUGGAUUGGGAGGUUGUAAGUUUGUUAUAUAUAGAAAGUUCAGUUAUUUUUUUUGCUGGCUGGAUGGCUGUUGAUCUGGAAGAUGAAUACCAGAUAGAAACUGUCGUUAUUUAUCCUAGGAAGUGCGACCAUCAAUGCAAAAGUGCAAUUGUUGUGCAUCUCAACUCGUCGAAUUCGAAAUCAGUUGAAUGUGGUAGGUAUCCAGUGAACGUAAAGAAUUGCCAUCAGAACGAUUCGAUCAAUAUCUAUUGCAGCAACACGGAGCACCAAACAAAAUACGUUAUUAUACUGAAACAGGUUGAUGUUGUUGAAAAUGAUGAAAAAUUGGUAAGUGUUUUCACCUUCAAUGAAGUCGAAGUCUAUGGAGCAGCCAGGAAGUCCAACCCAUAUGUAUACAUUGGCUGUUUCGAACAGUUUGACUUCUUCAACUCAUCUGAGACCAAAAAUAACUACGAAGAUUGUUACAACUUUUGUGAAGGACUAAACAUAGAAAAUUACAUUUUUGCUAUUUUUAAUAAAAGUUGUUAUUGCGGGAAAGACGCAGAUGUUCAGAUUGAUAAAAUGGAAACCUGCGAUGAACAUACGGUCUUUUCAAAACAUUUGAACAAGCCAAGUUACUUGGGUUGUUUCAAUGAUGACGUCAUUGAGCCUAGAGCACUGUCAAGAAAGGAGGUUGACACAAACUCACCAUUUAGAUCGUGCCUGCUCUAUUGCAAUGCUUACCAGUUUGAAGAAUUCGCAAUCAAGGAGAACAAUCUGUGCGUGUGUGGUGACAAACUGUUCAGUAAAUUUGAACAAGUUGAAUCAAAUCUUUGUGGAAAGUGUCAGGAUGACGACUCGAAAACUUGUGGUUCAAACACAAAAUUUUCUUUGUACAAAAUUUACAAAGCGCUAUUUCCGCGAUGUUCAGCACGCUCCUCAGUAAACUUUGCAAAUAGAUGGGCCUUGAGAUCCGCUCUGAACUUCGUAAAUGAUGGAGAAUUUGUCAGAGAAAAAGGACGGAACUUGUUCAACUACAGGAACAACCCCGUCAACUAUCACUUCUGUAAAAAUGAAAAAGAGAUUAAAGAAAAUUGUCAAGCAGAUUGUAUGGUGGAGCAGGGUGAUUGUGGUGUCAGUGCUUCUUGUGUUGUUAAUAAAUGGGCGGGAGAAGAUGUAUCAGAAUGCAGAUAUGAAUACAGAGUAGGCCUGAACAAAGACGGAAAUAUCCAAACAAAACCUGCCAAACCGGAAACAUAUGCAUUGAUCGACGCUGGCUCUGUGGUUCCUGACGAUGCGAAAGUUUAUAAAAAUGUGAACUCACUGACCAUCGAGUUAUGUAUGAAGAUCUGUGCUGAGAAUGCAUUGCCACUGGCAUAUCUCACAGGAGCGGAUGAGUGCCAGUGUAGCUCCAGAGAGAAGGAGUCGUGUGGUGAUCCGAAGAAUUAUGGUGACAACUGCAAUAUAAAAUGUCGUGGGAAUGUUGCUCAAAAAUGUGGCGGAAAAAAUUGCACGGCCAAAUUUUCAGAUUGUCAAGAUUUAGGAGGGCAUUGUGGUGAAUUGAUGAAAUGCAAUGAAAUUAAACUAGGAGAAAAGGUUUACAGUGAAUGCGUUUGUCCACCUGGUAAAUAUAGGACCUCUCAGUGGAAAUGUGCAGAUUUGCCGUCUAAGAAUGUAGCCUUCAGAAAAAGAGUUGACACCAUCCCAAAAUUGGAAAGUGAUCAAGCCCAGCACCUGGUCGAUGGUCACCUCAUACGAAAUCCUUCAACUCCUGUUCUUCAGUCACCAGAUAACAUAUUAAUUACUAUACAUCUUGACGAUUUAUACAAAGUACAAUAUGUAGUUGUCUAUCACAGGCCGAAUUUCAAUAAUAUCGGCAAUCAAACGAACACAAUUGAACUUGACGAUAUUCUGCUGGCCGACUCACUAAGAAUUCCAUGCGAUACAUAUGAGGUGGGCAGGAGCACAUGUGCAGAGCAGCCAGUUUACGUAGAUUGUAAACAUCCAGGUUUUAAAUCGAUGUUUGUCUUCAUUUUCCCUCAAGUUACACAGAAAGUUAAUUAUUUGGCCUUAGACGAAAUUGAAGUCUUCGCGGAUGACAGUUGGCGAGAAUUUUACUACGUCGGAUGUUUUGGUUCUUUUUUUAGUGAGAACGCAUUGCAAUCAAGGAAUAUCACAUUUAAUGAAUGCACAAUAUUCUGCGAAGGACUUCAAAAUCCCAUAUUCAUUAUUGGCUUGAAGAAUGGUGGUGAAUGUCACUGUGGUUUGUCAGCCAGUGAAGCGAGUGAAUCAGUUAAUUGCAACGUGAUGUGUUCUGAUGGCAGCCCGUGUGGAGGACCUAACCAUUACAUCGUUUUCUCAGCUGACAUGCCUAAACCAAGUUACGUUGGUUGUUACUCGGAGGCAAUAAAACAAAAGAGCAAGAUGAUUCAGGUAGAUCAGGCAGUCUCGUAUACGUCUUGCUUGGUGCAUUGCAAGACACAAAACUCCAUUGAAUUUGCAAUCAUGAGAGGGACUGAGUGCUUAUGUGGAAAUUUGAUGGAUGCCUCGUUACAAGUUGCCACGUCUCAAUGUAAUCAAGCCUGUAUCGACGACGCAACCAUGUCGUGUGGAGGCACCAAAGAGUACUCUCUAUAUAAAAUGUCUUCUAGGUUCGAAGCAAGCAGUGAACGUCACUUCUGUCUGGACACAUCGGCUGGAUCUCCAGAUUGCAAGCCAGGAAGAUGUGAUCCUGGUUGGACUGGACCACUUUGCAACAAGAGAGAUUGUUCGCUCAAUAACGGUGCAUGUCCGAAAGAUUUGAUUUGCUCAAAAGUUUUCGUUGGCCCAGAAAUAACCUCUGAAUGUAUAAAAACCUUAAACUACACAGAAAUUUCUGAGAAUGAAACCACCUUGGCGAUAUCAGUUACGUCAAACCAGUCACAUUGGAUCGCUUUGAUCAUUGCUGGAUCAUUUUUUGCGCUCCUCUUAAUGUCAAUUGGAUCCACCGUUGCUUACGUGAAGAUGAAACAUCCAGAAAUGUAUGAAAAAAAAGUUCAGCAAGUGAAAGAUUUUAAAGCAAAAGUUGGCAACAAACUGUCAAAACCAGCGGAUACUUCGAUGAAGGAAGCCGAGCCAAAAAAACCCAAAAAGGAAAAAGUCGCCAAAGCUUCAGCAGCAGCAGUUAAACCAGCUCCUACAGAAGCAAUUAAACCAACUCCUGCAGCAGCAAUUAAACCAGCUCCUGCUAAACCAGCUGAUGAAGAAAGUGAUGAUGAAGACGAUUAAUUGAAUUUUUAAACAAUUCAAUUAAUUUUAAAAUUUAUCAUUUAGACCACUGUGGUUCAUUUCAUCCUCAGACUUACAGACGAUAUUAAUUACUU